AGAAGAAGAAAAUGCGGAAGAGUCUGUUGAAUCUUUCUAACGUGCGUGUGCGUCAUCUAGAAGCUUCCAACAAGAUAAACAACUGAACGAGGGAGUAACUGCGAGGAAACAGUUUCUACCCCGAGGGAAACAUAUUCAGCGUGAAGAAUGUCUGUUAUUACCGAGGACAAUGUGCGAGGUGUCGGAGGUGAGAACCUGUUCAGGGAUAUCAGCGCCGACGGAGACGACAUCACGGAGAUUGAGAGCAUGUGUAUGAACUGCCACUUAAACGGUAUGACACGUUUACUGCUCACCAAAAUACCCUUUUUUAAAGAAGUCAUCGUGAGCUCUUUCAACUGCGACAACUGCAGCUGGUCGAACACAGAGAUCCAGUCUGCAGGCCGGAUCCAGGACCAGGGCGUCUGCUACACCCUCAAAGUCAAAACAAAGCAGGACCUGGACAGGGAAGUGGUGAAAUCUGACGGUGCCACCACCAGGAUCCCAGAUCUGGACUUUGAAAUCCCUCCCUUCACCCAGAAAGGGGCUCUUACCACCAUUGAGGGUCUUAUAGACCGAGCAGCUGCAGGGCUGCAGCAGGACCAAACUCUCAGGCGAGCUAAUUACCCCGAGGUGGCUGACAAAAUAGAGGAAUUCAUCCAGAAACUGCACAAGUUAAAAGAAGUGGAGAGCGAAUUCACUCUGGUGAUUGAGGAUCCAUCUGGAAACAGCUUUAUUGAAAACCCACGUGCCCCCCAGAAGGAUGAGGCGCUCACUGUGACCAAGUUCACCAGGACGAUGCAGCAGGACAUGCAGCUGGGGUUGAGGGCUGAUGAUGACCUGGAGGAAGAACCAGCCGGUAACGAUAUAGAAACCAUGAAAGAUGAGGUUCUCGGGUUUAACACCAACUGCCCUGAAUGCAACGCUCCAGCCAGAACCAACAUGAAGAUCGUGGAGAUCCCUCACUUCAAGGAGGUCAUCAUCAUGGCCACUAACUGCGACAGCUGUAGCCACAGGACCAACGAGGUGAAAUCAGGUGGAGCCACGGAGGCGAUGGGCACCAAGAUCACCCUGCACGUCACCGACCCCUCAGACAUGACCCGAGACGUGCUCAAGUCCGAGACGUGCUCCCUCAGCAUCCCCGAGCUGGAGUUUGAGCUGGGGAUGGCGGCCGUGGGGGGGAAGUUCACCACCCUGGAGGGGCUUCUGAAAGACAUCAAAGAUCUGAUCGUCUCCAAAAACCCCUUCAUCUGUGGCGACAGUAGCUCAUCAGAUCGGCUUGAGAAGCUGCAAGCGUUUGGGGAGAAGAUUGACAAAAUAAUAGCUGGAGAAAUGAACAUCCACUUCAUCCUGGACGACCCCACAGGGAACAGCUACAUGCAGAACGUGUACGCCCCCGACCCAGACCCUGACAUCACCAUAGAGAAGUACACCCGCACCUUUGAGCAGAACGAAGACCUCGGACUGAACGACAUGAAGACGGAGGGAUACGAAAAUGAAAAUUGAACUGCCAGCAUCCCCUGAAAAGGACUGAAUAAGCCUGAUGUCAUCAAAAAGAAACCCCAGCCAUAAUCGUAUCGCUCCAUAUUUCCUUCCAUUUUCAUACAUCUUAAGUUUAAUACUGGGUGAAUGGUUAUUUCCAUUAGUAUAAUAACCUGUUCUAAGUUCUAAAUGUACAGUGAAAAUAAAGUAACAUGAUUAGUAAAAACAUGAA